GAACGUGAUUUUGGCGCGAACCCUCAUCUCUUUACAAGGACACACUGAAAACCAGUAUUACCACAGAAUUUCCAGACGAAUAGCCCAGAAAAUUAUGUCUGUCUCGAGUCGAACUUUCGGGCACAUUCCUGGCGUCGAUGUGUUCACCACUUGGCCUUCACGUGUGGCAUGUGCAAGAGCUAAAGUACAUGCAUCCACGCAAGCCGGGAUUUGUGGCAAUGCACGAGAAGGUGCAUACUCAAUUGUCAUUUCUGGCGGCUACGAAGACGACCAAGAUAAUGGAGAUACUAUUAUCUACACAGGAGCAGGAGGACGCAAUGACUCUGGAGUAUGAUCUUCCCGGUCAAUUUUGUUCUAGUUGUUGUUACCUAACAUGACUUUUGAGCAGGAGCAAAUUGAAGAUCAGACCUUCGAGUAUUCUUAUAACAGAGCGUUGCAGAUAUCGUCGGAGACCAGGCGUCCAGUACGUGUUAUUCGAGGCCAAGAUAAAUCGAAUCGCUACACUCCUGCGAAAGGCUACCGCUAUGACGGACUUUACAUUGUGGAUGAGGCUAAGCUAGAACGUGGCAAGUCGGGCUUUAUGAUGUGCAAGUUUCAUUUGAGGAGAUUCAAAGAGGAUGGUACUGUGAAUAUACCAUUCAGAAGGAUGACCCUGAGCAUGCUCAAGGAUGUUGAGAAGGCUGCCAAACGAGCUCGCUGAAUGUAACCUAGGUUGUUUUGUCAUUUUAUUGUUAUUUUGGUUUUAUUCUUAUGAUUCUUCCUUGUUCUUUUGUGCACUGCCUUGUAUUUGUUGUUCAGACGAUUUUGCACUGUUUAUUUACGGAUUAUGAUAUCAUCAUGUAGUUUUCUUCAAACACUGGUGCAACGAUUUCGCACCCUGACCUGUUUUUCCUUUACUUACGCUUUAAACUGUUUUCAACGGGGACUCGAUUGCUACCUUUCCUUUAUGUAAAAAAGAAUGCGCACAGGGUAUACUGUUAUGAAAACUUAUCUCCAGAGUCUAUAAGCUUAUGAGAGAGGUUCAUGGUAGGGUAAAAAAACCUAGAAGGGAAUACGAGAAAAAGAUGCGAGUCACAAAUGGCCCAAUGGAUGUAAAGAAGGGUAGAACAGAACUUGAAAGCAGAAGACAGUGAAAGGAAAACUAGGAAUUUGAAACAACCACCAGGUAACAAAGAAAUACCAGGACUAAAAGAACGUGAUAAACUAGAGAGUGUGGAUGACGUAGAGAUGCGUCCAAAGUAUAUAACAAAAUGAAAUCAGUAGAGGGUGCAGUCGGCAUUCUUUACUGAACCAAUCAUCUUUAUGUUAACUUUUUUUGUGUAUAUACAGCUGAACACUGCCAUCAGCUUGUUGAUCACUCAUCAAUCUCGUACUC